AUGCCUCCUAAGAAGCAGCAAGUUCAAGAAAAGAUUCGCCUGGGUCGUCCAGGAAACACCCUGAAGAGUGGUAUCGUUGGUCUUGCCAAUGUCGGCAAGUCGACACUCUUCCAGGCAAUCACCAAGUCCACCCUGGGUAACCCGGGCAAUUUCCCCUUUGCUACCAUUAACCCCGAGGAGUCCACCGUUAUCGUCCCCGAUGAGCGGUACGACUGGCUCUGCCAGUACUACAAACCCAAGUCGCAGGUGCCUGCUAUCUUGUCCGUGUAUGAUAUCGCCGGUCUGAUCAAGGGUGCCUCCACUGGUCUUGGUUUGGGUAACGCCUUCCUGUCCCACAUCAGCGUUGUCGAUGGCAUUUUCCAAAUGGUUCGCUGCUUCGAUGAUAAAGACAUUACGCACGUUGAGGGUGAUGUUAACCCUAUUCGUGAUUUGGACAUCAUCAGCAGCGAGCUGCGCAUCAAGGAUAUCCAGACUGUUCAGAAUUCUCUCGCUGCCCUCAAGAAGGAGACUCGCCGUGGUGGUCAGUCUCUCGAGAUGAAGAAACUCAAGGAAGCGGAAGCCACCACUGAAACACUCUUGGAAUGGCUGCAGGAAGGUGACGGCAAAGGCCCAAAGCCGGACGACAAAGAUUACCAAGCGGAUAUGAACUACGGCAAAGACGUUCACACACGUGAAUGGAGCCCUAAGGAGGUCGAGGUCAUCAAUCCCCUGGGUCUCCUCACUGCCAAGCCUGUUGUAUACCUUGCCAACAUGAGCGAGGAGGGUUACAUCUUGGCGACGAAAUUGGAGCAGGGCCUAAUUAAACUGGAAGACUUCGACACAGAUCAGAAGAAGCUGAUCAAGCACGCUAUCAAAGUCAAAAAGUGGAUGAAAGAUAAUGCUCCAGACUCCGAGCUUUGCUUCCUCUCUGCCGCGUUCGAGCACCGCCUGAGUCUCAUGGAGGACGAUGCCGCCGCUCUUGAGGAAUGCAAACGGCUGAACACUUACUCCGCUCUGCCCAAGAUCAUCACUACCAUGCGUGCGGCUCUGGACCUGGCCAGCUUCUUCACGACUGGUGAGGACGAAGUUCGCCAGUGGACCAUCCGCAAGGGCAUCAAGGCGCCCGCCGCUGCCGGUGUGAUCCACACUGACUUCGAGAAGACCUUUAUCCAGGCUAUCGCAUACAACUACAGUGUUCUGCGUGAGUAUGGCGAUGAGGCGUCUGUCAAGGCUGCCGGUAAGAUUAUGACCAAGGGCAAGGAUUAUGUAGUCAAUGACGGUGACAUCCUGCUCAUUAAGGCCGGUGCUGCCAAGAAAUAG